AUGCCUGCAGACUAUUUGCGAGGGUUGAUUUUUGAACCCAUUGAUGCCAACUACCCGUUGCCCAUUCCAACCUUAGAUGCAUUUACUGUUGGAAAAGCAAUGCUUAUCAGCUUUGACCAAAGCAUGUACGGCAGAGAACAACACGAUGUGGUUAGGGUUGAAAUAGUCAAUGAAGUCCUCAAGCGAAUUUCGAUUAGCCAAAACGUGGUUCAUUUUUAUAUGAGAUACUUAUAUGAAAAUUUUAUCGCCCCUGGUGAUCCUGCGUUAAAAUUUAUCUUUGUUUGUCCUCAUGAUGUCUCUCCUCAUCACAACAUCACUACCAAGGUGCGGUAUAGCCAAGCUCAAACAUUAGCAAAGUACUUUGAGGCAAAAAACCCUACUGCAGGGAUGUUAUUUCUGGCUGUGAUGCUUUAUCGCACUAAAAAGAAUUUGCCUGUACCAUUAAGGUACAAGUCAUAUGAUCUAGGCUACCCUAAUUGGAAGAUAAUAAAGUGCCCACGACAAAUAGCAUAUAGUGAGGACUGUGGAUAUUGCGUCAUGAGAUUUCUUAAAGACAUCAUCACUCAUGGGCUGACUCUAAUCCCCCCUGCGUAUUAUCUUGAUUCUUAUUAUGACGAAUUAGGGGAUUAUCACAUCAACGAAGUUAUUGAGGAAUGGUGUGAGUACAUUUUUUAG